AUGAGCGCCCUCAAGAACGUGAUCGAGCCUGGUUCCAUAGUACUUGUCUUCACUGCAGGCGCUCUUAUCAACAGACGCCGUACCAUCCGCGAUAGCGAUGGAGAUGUUUACGCGCCCUUGCUCCCGCCCUCGCACUACUCGGACAACACUCACGUCCGCAAGAAAAACCUCAUAUCACUCUUCCUAGCAAAAUUUCCGUUCCUGGUAGAGAUAUGGUACUGGAACCUUAUAUACUGGGUGUACCAACUCGCGCGCGCCCUAACCGCAACCCUCAUCCGCAACAACGAUGCCGUCUUCGCCCAGGCCGAAGCCCACGCCCUCACCAUCCUCUCCCUCGAGAAGCGCCUACACAUCGCCGUCGAACUCGCCGUCCAGAAAUACAUCCUCAACCACCACCCCUGGCUCAUGCCCAUCCUAGCCACGAUAUACUACUCGCACAUCACCAUCGGCGCCAUCUUCCUCGUCUACACCUACACCCACCUCCCCCCACCCACCUACCGCACCAUCCGCCGCACCCUCGCCUCCAACAACCUCCUCGCCUUCCUCCUCCUCUCCGCCUACCGCGUCUCCCCGCCCCGCCUCCUCCCCCCCUCCUACGGCUACACCGACGUCCUCCACCCGGGUACCGACUCCGGCUCCGGCUCCGCCUGGACCAACAACCGCUUCCAGCUCACCAUCGCCGCCAUGCCUACGUUUCGCGCCGCACGCGUGGGUGAGGGGCCUGGCGCCGCUGUGGCCGAUCGCGAUGGCGCUGACGGUGGUGGCGACGGCGAAUCAUUGGGUGGCGGAUGUGCUGGUGGGGGCGGCGGUGCCGGUGGCGGGGUGGGCUGGGAGUCGCUGGUGGGUGGUGCUGUUGGGCGGGGUGGAGCGGUGGGGGUGGGGGUGGGGUGGGAGGGGGGCGUGGGGAGGGAGGGGGAUAGGGAUGGGGAUGGGGAUGGGGAUGGGGAUGGGGAUGGGGAUGGGGCGGAGGGAAGGUGGAAGGAUGAUGGGGAGGGGGAGGUGGAGGCGGAGGGGUAG